ACUCGUUCCAAAAUAUUAUUUAAACUUUUUGAGCAAAAUGUGUACACUAUUUUAACCACCAACGGUGACUUGGUCACGUAUUUUAUUAAAACUAAGCCCGUAGCGGCCAGCGCUUGUCCGUCAAGAUGGGUAAGAAGAGUAAAAUCGGAAAACAGCGUAAAGAUAAGUUUUACCAUUUGGCCAAGGAAACCGGGUUCAGAUCUCGUGCCGCUUUCAAGUUACUCCAGUUGAACAGAAAGUUCGAUUUCCUGCAGAAGGCUCGUGUGCUCAUCGAUCUUUGCGCAGCUCCAGGAGGAUGGAUGCAAGUAGCCAAACAGAAUAUGCCGGUAUCCAGCAUCGUCAUUGGUAUAGAUUUGUUUCCUAUCAAGCCAAUACCGGGUUGUAUAUGUUUAUUACAUGAUAUUACGACUCCACAAUGUCAGUCGGCUCUCAGUAAAGAACUUCAGACAUAUAAAGCUGAUGUUGUACUGAAUGAUGGAGCUCCUAAUGUUGGUCAAAAUUGGAUUUAUGAUGCAUAUUCUCAAUCUUGUCUUACUUUGAGUGCUUUGAAAUUAUGCUGUCAUAAUCUCAGGGAAGGAGGAUGGUUCAUUACCAAAGUUUUCAGAUCAAAAGAUUACAAUGCCCUUAUGUGGGUUUUUAAACAGCUUUUCAGAAAAGUACAUGCAACCAAACCUCAAGCUUCACGUAGUGAGUCUGCCGAAAUAUUUGUUGUUUGUCAAUAUUAUUUGAAACCAGCUAAACUAGACAUGCGUUUUUUCAAUCCAAACUAUGUUUUCAAAGACCUAGAAGUCAAACCUCAAGUGAAAUUAGAUUCUGAAAGUAAAACCUCAAAGAAACCUAAAGCAGAAGGCUAUCCAGAUAAUACAACUAUAUUAUAUAAACAAUUGCCUGUUUCAACUUAUAUGACUUAUAAAAACCCAGCUAUAGCAUUACAAGAUGCAUAUGAAAUUGUGUUUGAUGAUGAAAAUAUCGCCAACCACCCAAGUACAACAAAUGAAAUCAAAGAAUGUUGCAAAGAUAUUAAAGUCUUAGGCCGAAAAGAUAUCAGGUCUUUAAUGAAUUGGUGGAAGGUAUUCCAAGAAAAAGAAACAAAGGAUGAAUCUGAAGAAACAGAUAAUGAAAACAAGGAAAAUGAUAUUCAACUUUCUGAGGAUGAAAAAGAAUUAGAUGAAGUUGAUAAGGAAAUAAAAGAAUUGCAGGAUGAAGAAAGAAGGGAAUUAAAACGUAAAAAGAAGAAGACCAACAAAGAAAGAACUAAGUUACAUACUAAAAUGAAUUUGAAAAUGAUUCAUAAAGAUGAUUUAGGACCAACUGAAGAGCGCGAGACUGGUGUAUUUCAACUAUCUAACAUAAAAACAAAAAAAGCUUUAGAUUCUAUUGUUGAUCAAGAACCAGAUGUAGUAGAAUCUGAAGAUUCUGAUAUUGAAAUCAAACCUAAAAAAGUAAAAUAUGAUCCAGACAAUACGUACCUCGACAAAUCUGGAAUGUUCUACCGUUCAGAUGAAAGUGCUUCGGAACAAGAUUCAUCAGAUGAAGUCGACAGUGAUACUGAAGGAUUAGGUUUUAAAGAUAAAAAUCUUUCAUCAAAAAUUUUACCCAAGAAAAAAGUAACAUUUUCUGACCCUAAUGAAAACCAUCCUCUGAUUACUGAUCUGGAUUAUCGGGAUGUUAAAGACAAGCGAACAUCAAAAGCUGAACUUUGGUUUGAUAAAGAUGUGUUUAAAGAUGUAGAAAAAGAAGAAGAUGAAGAUUAUGAGUUAGAAAAAAUGGUUGAUGUGAUUAAAUCUAAAGGUGGUAAAAUGUAUAGAGAAAACUUAGAUGAUGAUGAAGAUAAUACUAAAAAAAUUAAUGGAAAAAUUCCUAAAAAAAAAAUUGAAUCAGAACAGAAUGGUGUUGAUAAUGAUGAAACUACAGAUUCUGAUUCCGAAUCUGAAAUAAGUGAGGUUGAAGAUCAGAGUGCUGCAAUGCCAAUAAAUGAAUGGGAUGACAAACCAGUUCUUACGCCAGCGGGAAAAAAGAAGAAGAAGAGAAAUGCCAAAGUUUUGGAUGAUAAUGGUCUUGCUUUGGGUACUAUGAUGGCUUCCUCGAAAAAAAUGAAAAGAGACAUCAUUGAUGAAGCUUGGAAUAGAUAUGCUUUCAAUGAUGAAGAUCUACCUGAUUGGUUUGUUGAAGAUGAAUCAAAACAUAUGCGCAAACAUAUACCUGUACCUAAAGAAUUGGUGGAUGAAUUUGGUAAAAGACAUGAAGAAAUAAAUAUUAGACCUAUUAAAAAAGUUGGUGAAGCUAAAGCCAGAAAGAAAAAGCGAGCACUGCGCCAAAUGGAAAAAGCAAAAAAGAAGUUGGAAGGAGUUGUUGAAAAUGCUGAUGUAACAGAAGCUGAAAAAGCUAGACAAGUCAGACAAAUUUACAAGAAACUGAAACAACCAAAACAAGAAAUUAAAUAUGUUGUAUCCAAAAAACAUACAGCCGCCAAAAGAGCAAAACGUCCAGCUGGAGUUAAAGGUCCAUACAAAGUAGUCGAUCCAAGAAUGAAGAAAGACAUGCGCGCUAAAAUGCGUAUGGACAAAAAGAAAUCGAAUAAAAAGGGUGCCAGAGCAAAACCACUGUCCAAAACUCGGCGAGGUCACAAAUAAUAGAAAAUUUAUUAAAAAAAAACACAUUUUAUUUUAUUACAAGACAAUUUUCCUGUAA